AUGGCGAUGCAAGCGGUGCGGAGCGUGCGGGUAGCGGCCUGUAGCUUGCGCGCGCUCUCGGCGCCCCGAGCGCCCUGCUCAACGCGACGCUGGGGGCCGGGACCGGGUACCGUGCGGAUGCUGCGCACCGGCAACGCUCAGUUCUCGGUGCGUAAAUUCACAGACAAACAUGAGUGGAUAACAGCCGACGAUGGUAUUGGAACAGUGGGAAUCAGCAAUUUUGCACAGGAAGCUUUGGGAGAUGUUGUUUACUGCAGUCUUCCUGAAGUUGGAACAAAAUUGAAUAAACAGGAUGAGUUUGGUGCUUUGGAAAGUGUGAAAGCUGCUAGUGAACUCUACUCUCCUUUAUCCGGAGAGGUAACAGAAAUCAAUGACGCUCUUACAGAAAAUCCAGGACUCAUUAACAAAUCCUGUUAUGAAGAUGGUUGGCUGAUCAAGAUGACAUUGAGCAAUCCAUCAGAACUUGAUGAACUAAUGAGUGAAGAAGCAUAUGAGAAAUACAUAAAAUCUAUUGAGGACUGA